UUUCUCACGCAGGCCCCUAUUAUCCCUAAUCCUCAAAAGAUCCUUCGUUCCCUUCCUCGUCGCCGCCCGCCCCUGCUGCUCCGCUCGUCGCCGCGAGAUCCGCCCUUUCCCAUCCCACUGCGAGUCUCUCGCGACGCUCGCCGCUGCCCCUUGUGCCACCGGCUACAGAAAUGCAGCCCAAUGUCUGCGUCUCCGCCGCCCCACGAAGCAGAGGAAGGGAGGGGGGUGACCUACGGCGGGGCCGACGCCUCCUCAAUCGGUUCGCCGCCAUUGAUCUCCAUUCCUGCUUCGCCCAGGAAUUCUCUCCAUUUUCAAUGUCAUUGCACACAAUCCUCAGUGACAUGUGCCAGCUAUUUACAAAAGUACUCUUCAGGAAAAACAAUGGCCAAGUCAGCAACAAGAUUGGAUAACAUACGGACUCUCAGUUUGCACAUCUUGCGUUUUAGAUCACUCAUCACCAACUCUGCAAAUAACACUAGCAAGAAUAUCAUCUUUGAUAAAAACUAUAUUGUUUUUCAAGUUAAAGUACUUUUACGCUGCGUAUCAUUCUACUUUUUGUCCAGAUUGGCAUGGUCAAAUACUAUUCAUUUAGUAUUGAGGACAAUUUGUACAUUACCAUGGAGUGGCAGUACCUUGCCUUUUGCUUGUUUGUCCAACUCUAGCUCUAUAAACAAACCCAUUCCUCUUCAGUUAAACGUAUCUUUUCCAUCAUUCCAAGAACUUAAAUGGAGUAUUGCUCGACUUUAUUAUUUAUUCAACAUCCAGCUUGAACGAAAUAUUGGCAUGUUUUUUGUGGUAUUACUCGUGGCAUGUUUCUCAUUCGUUAUGAUUGGAGGCAUCCUAUUCUACAAAUUCAGGAACAAGGAUCAGUCUUUGGAAGAUUGUUUUUGGGAAGCUUGGGCAUGCCUUUGUACAUCUUCUACUCAUUUAAGACAAAAAACUCGUGUUGAACGUAUUCUUGGUCUUGUCCUUACUAUUUGGGGAAUAUUAUUCUAUUCCCGAUUAUUAAGUACAAUGACUGAACAGUUUCGAAACAACAUGCAAAAGAUUAGAGAAGGAGCACAGUUGCAAGUUAUGGAAAAGGAUCAUAUUAUUAUCUGUGGAGUAAACAGUCAUCUGACUUUUAUACUAAAGCAGCUUAAUAAAUUUCAUGAGUCAGCCAUUCACUUAGGUACAGCCACAGUGAGGAAGCAAAGAAUUCUUCUGUUGUCUGACCUUCCAAGGAAGCAGAUAGAAAAACUCGGUGAUAGCAUCACCAAAGAUUUGGACCAUAUUGAUCUCCUGACUAAAAGUUGCAGUCUAAGCUUGACAAAAUCUUUUGAAAGAGCAGCAGUAGACAAGGCACGUUCCUUGAUUAUUUUGCCAACGAAGAAUGAUCGGUAUGAAGUUGACACAGAUGCAUUUCUCUCAUUGAUAGCUCUUCAGCCUCUUCCCAAUGUGGCAUCUGUCCCUACCAUAGUGGAGGCUUCCAGCUCUACUACAUCUGAACUUCUUAAGUCAAUCACAGGCCUGAAUGUGCAGCCAGUUGAGAUGGUUGCUUCCAAAUUAUUUGUUCAGUGUUCUCGGCAAAAGGGUCUCCUCAAAGUUUACAGACACUUGCUUAAUUAUCGAAAAAAUGUGUUCAACCUUUGUAGCUUUUCAUGUCUAAUAGACUCCAAGUACAAGUAUGCAAGACAAGCCAUCCAGGAGGCAGUGGUGUGUGGCCUCUUUAGAUCUGGAAAAAUAUAUUUUCACCCAAAUGAUGAUGAAGUGAUUACACAAACAGACAAACUGCUUCUUAUAGCUCCUGUUUAUGGGAAAAAAAUGCCACAAAUGUUGCUCCCGGAUGCAUCAAAUUUGCAGCAUACUUCAAAUUAUCAAAAUCUAGAAUGCUCAGAAACUGAAGUUUGCUUUGACACCAAGAUUAGGAAAUCAAGGCUCGAAAAUAUAGUAAAACGCCCUUCAAAAUCAAGUUCCAAGACUAGUGAUUGGCAUCUUGGACCACAAGAGUGCAUAUUCAUGAUUGGAUGGCGACCAAGAGUUGCUGAUAUGAUUCGAGAAUAUGAUUAUUACCUUGGACCUGGUAGUACAUUGGAAAUAUUGUCAGAAGCUUCCAUCAGUGAAAGGAACAGUAUAGUGAACCCUGUGCUCCAAAGCCAAUUAAAGAAUGUCAAAGUUUCUCACAGGAUGGGCAAUCCCAUGUAUUAUGAAACACUGAAGGAAGCUAUAUUAAAUAUUAGGAAUUCUUCGUUGAAGGGGGGUGAUGUCCCUCUAUCAAUUGUUGUGAUAUCUGACAAAGAAUGGCUUGCUGGAGAUCCAUCCCAAGCAGAUAAACAAACAACUUAUUCCCUUCUUCUUGCUGAAAUUAUUUGCAAAAAACAUGGGAUAAAGGUGGAAAACCUAGUUGCUGAAAUUGUUGAUACAAGACUUGGGAAACAAAUUUCAAGAAUAAGACCAUCCCUUUCAUUUAUUGGUGCUGAGGAAGUGAUGAGCCUUGUAACUGCUCAAGUGACAGAAAGCGCUGAGCUGAAUGAGGUUUGGAAAGACAUCCUUAAUGCUGAAGGAGAUGAGAUAUAUCUGAAGGAUAUAAGCUUCUACAUGAAGGAGGGUGAGACGCCAUCUUUCUUGGAGCUAUCUGAAAGAGCAAUCCUACGCCGAGAAGUUGCAAUAGGUUAUGUGAAAGGAAACAAGCAGGUUAUAAAUCCAAGAAACAAGACGGAACCUCUUUUCCUGGAGAAGACAGAUUUGCUUAUUGUAAUCUCCGAGCUUGAAGGCAAACAACCGCUCAUUGUGUAAAACGUUUUUUUUUCUUUGGAGUAUAUAUUAUAUGGCAGUGAAGUUGGAAGAUCUUCUGUUCAUGGUCGUCGUGGUGGGUUGUUAUGUGCAAGGAUGAUCGUCCACCUUUUGUGGCAAUCAAAAGUAUCAAUAUAGAAAUACAAAUCUGUGCUCUGAAAUCCGUGAGCAUUCUGGUUA